UUUCCAAUAACACAUAAUUAUCAAGUGAUAUUUUCAAAUUUCCUGUCAACUUUAAACAUUUUUUAACUGAAAAACACGACGCCCCGCUGGAUGAACGACUGGCCUACCACGCAACCACCAGGCUUAGCAAGUUUUCUGGGGGAAACCUUGUAAUGAGUUAAAAACCACACUUCAUUUCCUUUUGGGGUAAAUAAAGUAUUUUUGAAAUUGAACUGACUGCCGUGCCAUUCAGACACACCCAUACCUAAAGUAACCUAAAAAAGUAGUUCGUUAUUGACGCGUAUCACAAUUGUGCCACAAAAUACUGCAAUAAAACUUUAGGUCCAUUAUGACUAGUGUCUUUUUAUGUCUACUAUGUAUAGCUAAAUGUGUGCUCAAGUGCAAACCUACAUAAAAUAAAUUGCAUUUUCUUGUUCUUCCGAUUAACCAGCUGUUAAAAAUACUGGUUUUACUACUUCCCCAAAACCGAGCCAACAUUUUUGAUCAGAUUCAAGAUUUUAAAACUAAUUCUGAAUCAAAUUAAGGUUUUCAGAAAUAAUCAUGUUUAUUUAGCCUGUCUAAAGUAAGAAAAUACAAAUUUUUAUAUAUUUAGUCGAACAGAGUGACGUGCUCAUGUAAAUAUGCAGGGUGAGAAAUUACCAGAAAAGACCAGAAAUGUGCUGUUGUUAGCUCAUAAACAGCUAAGACGAAACAACAGGAAAUGUGGUGUUGAUCGGUUUUCGCUAUAGCUGGUGUUUUAACGCAUUACUUUCGGGAACUGAUAGUUCUCGUGUAUUUAUUUAAUUAUUAUUUUUUCGCUUUAUUGUCUAUCCAAUAUGGUGGACCGCUACAGGCCCCCACCACAGCUGGCUACAAUAACGAAAGUCCGUUUUAUAGUGAGACAAUGGAGGAGAUCUGGCCGAUGUUUCAUGGAGCUUCAGGCGGUGUUGGAGAGGCGUUGAGCUGCAGCUGCUCUCUGUAAAUGUUGCAUGAAGACCCAGACACUACAACUGAACAAAGGAUAACUUCUUUCUUUUGGAUCAAGCUGCAUGCUCCCCUUACCUAAAACACACUGAAAAUGUUUUGAGAAAAUUGGCAGAGAAGAAUUACAACAAAGUUUGUCAAAACUCUUCAUCAGUCGAUGAACAGUCCUAGUUUAAAGUACCAUCUCUGCUUUCUCUCUUGUUCAUGUUGUUUUUAAUUUUUCCUUUGUGUUGGCUCUUGUACAGAUUAAUUCAGUUCUUUGUUGAUAAAUCAGGAAUUAAAUUAACCCCAUAUUUGGCAGCUGAGUUCAGUUUUCUCUAGCCACACUCCAUGCUCAAAGAUGCAGAUGGCAGUGUGAUGAUCUGGGUCUGAUUUGUUGCUUCAGGACCUUCAUAAUUUGCUCUAAUUGAUGAAUAGAUGAAUUCUACCCUAAGCAGAAGAAAUCAGUAAGUAAGUAAAUACUUUAUGCAUUGCAUAAAUUCACAGCUACUAAACUGAAUCGGUGUACUACAAUUUUAUUAGUGGAGAACAGACACACCUCCUCCUGCAGGACAUGAGACAAGGAGUGUUCGUUUCUUUUGUGAUGUGCGACUACGCCACAGAUAACGUAAGAUCAUAUUAUUCCAUAAACUAGAGCACAAAGUUCAAGCCUUCAGUGGGAAAGUAGCCUGUGUCUGACUCGUCAAGGAAAAACUACAGUAAGUAAAGCUGAAAAGAACUGCUGGUUACAAAAUUAUUACAUAUUCUGGAACACUAUGAAGUCUCUGAGCUUGUCCUCUCCCAAAAAAACUCAGACAACUCUUAGCGGGGGAUCACUCGGCUCGUGCGUCGAUGAAGAACGCAGCUAGCUGCGAGAACUAAUGUGAUUUGCAGGACACAUUCUUAUUUAAAUCUUAUUUAAGAUUAAAUGCUUAUUUAAAUAAGAAAUUAUUACAAAAAUCCCAUAAAUAUUGAUAAUAUGGUUAUUGAAAGUCUUCCUAAAUCAUGUACCAAGAUUAUAGACUAUGCUCUACAAAAAUAAACAGAAAUAAAGGCUUCACAUACGUCAUUCUUUGUAAUGAAUCCGUAUGAAUUAUUUUUUUUAUUAAAUAAUUGAAAUUAUUUUAUUUUUAUUUUGGAUGUAAAGAAAAUCAUAAUGUAACAGAAAUAACUUAAAAAAAAAUAAAAAUACAAAAAUAAAGAGGCUCCGAGGUUGACUUUAAUUUGCUUAGAGACGACAUCUACUUUUAAAUAAAACUGUUAAUUCUGCUUCAUACUGAAGUUUAAAAUGUUUAUGUCAUGAUAUGUUCAGGAAUCGGACCAGAAUGCAGACAGGAGUCUGCAGUAGCCUCAUAACUGUAAUGUUUAACAGAGAGGAGAAUGAAUAACUUACAGAAAACCAGAUGAUACAGAACAGAAAGGGACCAACAAGGUAACAGAGAACUGACGGGUCUUUAUACAGAAGGUCUAAUCAAGAAAUGAGGAACAGCUGCAGGGAAAGCGCAGGCAGAGGAGAAAAUAGAGAACAGCUGGGAAGAGGAGCAGCCUGACAAAGAUGAAAAGGAGGAAAAUGACAAAACAUAAUCUAAGACAGACCGAAAGAAGCACUAAUCAAAGGAAACAAAGAAAGAAUAAAUUGACUAAGACGAGAAAUAAUCUAAACUGGAAAAAUCUAAAUAAAUAACCAAGUCUUAAAUGAAAACGAAUUACCGCCAAGACAGAAUACUAACUUUUUUUUUCUUUUCAGAGAGAAACAGUCAUCCAGCAUUAAUUUAACCUGCAGUCACAAGAGAUGAACUUUACAAAAUGUUUUCCAGAUUUGAUCAAAGUUGCAUUUGAAUGGUCUCAGAAGCACACAACAUUAUCUAUUUUAGUUUAUUGCAGCAUGAAGAUGUUUUUUAACCGUUUUGGUUGGAAUAUUGAAGUGUUUACGUCUGUUUUUGCUCAAGCACAUUCAUAUUCUGCUUCCUCAUAGAUGCAGGUAGCGAAAUGUGUAGCGGUGGGAGACGGUGAAGCUCAAAAAACUGCCUUAUUGAUCACCUACACAAGCGGCCACUAUCCUUCAGAAUAUGUGCCAACAGUUUUUGACGGCUAUGCAGUCACAGUAUUAAUUGGUGGACAACCCUAUUGUCUUAGCCUGUUUGACACAGCUGGUAAUGAGGACUAUGACAGACUGCGACCAUUAAGUUACCCGAAUACAGACGUGUUUCUUGUGUGCUUCUCCGUUGUUCACCCAACAUCUGUUGAAAGCGUCCAAACAAAGUGGGUUCCUGAGAUUUCUCAUUACUGUCCUGGCACGCCGUUCCUGUUGGUGGGCACACAGACACACCUGCGGGGCGACAGCCACACAGUCCAGGAGCUGGCGAAGACCAAACAUCGCCCCGUCUCCCCCCAGGAUGGAGAGAAACUGGCCAGAGCGCUCGGAGCGGUCAAAUAUGUGGAGUGCUCCAUGAUCACACAGGAAGGAGUUAAGAUGGUUUUUGACGAGGCCAUACUGACAGCCCUGGAGGUUCAUAAAGUCAAAAAGAAGAGGUUGUGUGUUGCUAUAUGAAGCAAGGCCAACAUUAUGAGAUGUAAUGCUGCACACAUUUAGUGGCACUUCUGAACUGAAAGAAGUUAUGAAAUCAACUUUCCCAACUGGGACGUGAUAAAUGUGCGCCUUAGCUGUUGUUUCUGUUUGCAGAAACGCCCGUGAGGAAAUUUAAUCCAAAUGUGCCUGAUUGACAUGUGAUGUUGUAAACUUGAUCACGUCAGUGUUUUCUUUCUGGAAAAUAAAAAACAGUAGACAGAAGAAGAAGGUUUCUGCUUGAUAUUUUUAUUACCUCCUCUACGUUUGAAUAAAUUACUUCAUAUGAGUUAAUUUUUAUGUUCAGUUUGAAUGUAGGGUUAUGAGUGUGACAGUUUGGGUUUCAUCUGUUGGUAUUUUGUUAUUUUUUCACCCUUUGUCUCAUGUGUCACCGCCUUCUUUUAUUUUUAUGGUGGUUGGAAAACAACUUAAGGUGCAUUACUCCUGUCUCAUGUGUCACCGCCUUCCUCUGUAAUUAUUUCCAGCUGUUCCUUAAUUACCCCGCUGUGUAUAUAUGUUCUCACCUGUGUUAUUGUUCCCUGUUGGAUUGUUGCAUCAACCUCAGCUCUGCCCUUUUGUGUCGCCAGUGGGU